AAUUAUUGAGAAAUAAAAAAACAUUGUUAACGAUAAAUAAAACAGUAAUUGAAUUUUCAUUAUAAUUUGUAAAUCUAGAUCGGGAAGCUGCCUAAACGUGAAGUAACGAGUAAAACACACACACGCUUAAACCGAACUAGGAAAAAAACCGACGAGAGGACAGGUUUAAGUUAUUGUAGGUUCUCUGGUUUAAAUGGAAUAUGAAAAUAAUUUAUGCUGUGUUUUAGCAAUAAUUCGUGUAAAAAACAAUAUUCAUAACAAUUUCAACAGCAUUUAAAGGAAAUGUACGUUUUUUACUGGUGUUCAAUAUAAUCGAAUUUUUUGGUGGCGAAUAUUUAUGAAUUUGAUAUUGUUGUGGAGCCACAUUUGAAUGAUCAGCUGUUCUCGCUUUUUGUGCAUCAAUAUUUACGCAUGUUUGCAUUUAUGAAAUACUGCUGAAAGGUUGUUGUUAAACAAUGUUUAAAACUAACUCAUAUAGAUGAUAUUCAAAGACACGAAUUUAUAAGAGAACUUUAUCACAUCUGCACAGUCAGGUGAUAAAAAAAAUUGAAUUAACCUCGGUGGAUAGUAACAGUUGAUAACUUCAAUAUUUGUCUAGAAUUGUUAGCGAGUUAUGGCCAAUGAGCGUAAAUGCUGUGUGCCCAAGUGUGGACGUACUUCACAUAAAAACCCUGAGUUGCGAUUUUUCGGCAUUCCAAAGGAUCCGGAACUCAGACCCAAAUGGAUGGAAAAUCUAAAAAUAAAAAGAUUAUAUUAUAAGAUCACUUACGUCUGCAGCAUACACUUCGAAGAUGAAGCGCGAAAUAAGCAUCGACUUAAAAAGAAUGCAAUCCCCACAUUGCAUUUAGGUUAUGAUGGCUUAGUCCCACACAAAUUCAUAAAACAUUAUGUAGCGCAACGUAAAUGUUGCAUUGAAAGCUGCAAAAUACAACAUAUGAUCAAAGGUGUUAAAACAUAUUCGUUUCCAGAGGGCAAGAAUGAGAGAUUGGCUUGGGCACGAGCAUGUAACUUACCACUUCCUUUACCGCAGAAAGAUAUUUAUUUAUGUGAACGUCACUUUGAACGGAAAUAUAAAUCGAAGAUGCGACUUCGUCCUGGGGCUUUUCCCAAAUUUUUCCUACGCGGCGAAGAUGAUGAGGAUAUAGAACAAAAAAAUGCAGAGAGUAACGCUUCAGAUGCAGACCCAAGUAAUGAAGAGAGUAACGCUUCGGAUGCACAACAAAGUAUUGAAGAGAGUAGCGCUUCAGAUGCAGAACAAAGUAAUGAAGAGAGCAACGCUUCAGAUUCAGAACAAAGUAAUGAAAGUAGAAUAGUCCCAGACGUGGAAGUAUACUCGAUGGACUAUAAAAGCGACCUUUUCACCACACAGGAAUCAAGCAUGGAUUUCAACCAAGAUUUGCCAGUAAAAUUUACAUAUCCGGUGGACAUGGAAGAAGACGAUAGCAACUUCAAUACUAUAGAGAAAUCAGAAGAUAUAGAGCUGCCAUCACAAGAAGAGCAUAUGCAAAGCCUCAAUAUUCAAAGAGAAAGUAUAAGAAAACGUGAUGGAAAACGACAAGCUCAAUGCGUAUCAAACGACGUUUUGCCAGUAAAACUUAUAUGCUCGAGAAUCGUACAAGAGGAUAAAAGUGACGACAUCAGCAAAGAGACGUCACAAGAUUUAGAGUUGUCACCAUACGAAGAACAGAUUCAAAAUCUCCAUGCUCAAAUAGAAGUUUUGAAAAAACGUGUUAUGUUUUUGAAAAAUAGUGCUAUUUAUCCACGACCAGGAGCAAGUGAAGACGCCGUAACUUUUGCAAGAAUGAUAGUGGGCGAUAAGAAAACUGAAUACACAGAAAAAGAAAAAGCGCUUGCAAAACGGCUUAGAAGCAAUAUGCUUUCCGAUGACUAUAGUUUUCUGAAACAAGAUUUAGGAUUCAGAUUGCCAUUGCUCAGAGCAGUAAAACGCAAAAGAAAUUUACCAGAAAACGAUCGAAACUUAAUCAAUUAAAUACUAACUUUACUUGGAGAAAUUCUAAAAUGAAACAAAAAUGUACAGAAACUUUGUAUAUUUUCCAAUUAUUAAAAAUUGUUUGCCAAUUAUCUGACAAAUAAGGUUUUUUUUUUUGGUUUUUUGUUGAAGCGGAAACAAGCUUCGUUUCAGAAUCGGAUUGAUACUACAUUUGACGAUUUUCAAACUAAAUACUUUAUUGAAGUUUAUGUUGAUGUAUUCAUGUAUUUUUAUUAUAAAAGUUUAGUUUAAUUACUUAAACAGAUGAAGGAACUUUAUUAUAAUUAAUUCUAAAUAAAAAUUCGAGUUUUCGCAAAGAAAAAUACGCUGAUUACCCAAAUCGACCGUAGAUGUUGUGUACCCAAAUGUGGAAAUACCUACCUUAAUAACCGUGACCUGAAAUUUUACGCUUUUCCACCGAAUCCCAAACUCAAACUCAAAUGGAUGGAAAAUUUAAAGAUAAAGAAAAUGUGGAAUAAAUACAAUUAUGUGUGCGGCAUACACUUUCAGGAUGAAGCAAAAUGUGACAUGCGACUUAGAAAGAACGCAGUCCCCACAUUACACUUGGGUUAUUGCGGCUUAGUUGCACACAAAUAUAUAAGACAUUAUACAGUGAAACGCAAAUGUUGCGUUAAAAGCUGCAAAGUUCAAUAUACGUCCAAAGAUCUUAAAACAUAUUCGUUUCCAUUCAGCAAGAAUGAGAAAUUAGCAUGGGCACGAGCCUGUAAUUUACCUCUUCCUUUACCGGAAACUGAUCUUUAUAUAUGCGAACGACAUUUUGAACGAAAAUAUGCAUCAAAGAAACGACUUCCAAUUGAGGCUUUUCCUAAAUUUUUUUUACGUGACGAAGAUGGAGAUCAAAAUGAUGGAAGAAGAAAAAUCCCAGGAGUGGAAACAGAAGAAUUUUUGUCAGUAAAACUUACACACUCGAGAGCCAUAGAAGAUGAUUCAAAUAAUGACAUCAGCACAGAGGAAUCAGAAUAUCUGGAUCCACCACCAGAAGUACAACAAAUUCAAAACCUCAGUGCUCAAAUAGAAGGUUUAAAAAAACGUGUUAUAUUUUUGGAAAAAAGUGGUAUUUAUCCCCAACCUAGAACAAGUGACGAGUGCUUAACUUUUGCAAAAAUGAUAGUAGGCAGUAGGAAAACUGAAUAUACAGAAAAAGAAAAAGCACUCGCGAAAAAACUAAGAAGUAAUAUGUUUUCCAAUGACUAUAGUUUUAUGAAACAAGGGUUAGGAUUCAGAUUGCCAUUGCUCAGAGCAGUAAAACGGAUCAAAAGCGAAUUACCAGAUAGCGAAAACGAAACAUAACAUAAAUAAUUCAAAAUGUUAAAGUAAUUCUAGUGUGUGGAAAAAUAAGGCUAAUACUUUAUAAAACCUGAAACUAUUAUACCUUGAUUUGCCAAUUCUCCGGCGUAACAUUUUAUAAAACUUUCAAAGGAAGAAGCUAUGUUGCUGAUUUAUAUUUUAAGUUCAAU